AUGAAUUUCUCUCCAAGUGAUCGUAUUGUUAAAGAUAUGAUUCCUGCAUUUGAAAAGGAAUUUGGAGAGCGACCUCAAUGUGUGGGACGUGCACCAGGGAGAGUAAAUCUUAUUGGAGAACAUAUUGACUAUUGUGGAUUCUCUGUCUUUCCAAUGGCCCUUGAGGGUAAAUAUACUACUGCGAUGAUGUCAACUAAUAAAAGCGGGCUACUUCGUAUUAGAAACAUUAUUUCAGACCAUGUUGGUUCAAAUAUCAAACGUGACAAGAACAAUCUUGAAUUAUAUGGAUGGGGAAGAUAUGUUGAGAGCAUAGUCAAAACAUUCCUCGAAACGUUCAAUCGAAAAGUCGAAGGACUCGAUGUUUUAAUUUACGGAAAUAUUCCUCUUGCUUCUGGACUUUCUUCAUCGGCUUCUUUACUUUGCUCAGUUGCUAUUGCUUUAGAUUUGAUAACAGGUGGUGGUGCAGAUAAAACAAAGCUAGUUGAGACGUGCGUUCUAGCUGAACAUCGUGUUGGAGUCAAAUGUGGUGGAAUGGAUCAAGCAAUUGCUAUUUAUGGUAAGAAAGAUUAUGCAUGCGUUACUUCAUUUGUUCCAAAACUUACGGCUAUUCCUGUUAAACUUCCUCCUGCACAUUUUGUAAUAGCGCAUUCAGGAAUUGCAACUGCAAAGCUUCAAACGGCAGAACAUUGUUACAAUAGAAGAGUUGAAGAAGUUACAAGAGCAGCAGAAUUGAUGCUACCUGGAGCAAAAACCAUAAAAGAUGUUGUUAAAAAGUUUGGAUGGGAUGAUGCAAUGGAAGCAGCGAAAAAUCUUCCUGAAAGAGAAGGAAAACUUGUCAUAAGAGAUAGAGCUGUUCAUGUUAUUGGUGAAGCACAUCGCGUUCUUAAAAUGGAUGGUGCAACAAUACAGCAAUGGAGAGAAUUGAUGAAAGCAUCACAUUCAUCAUGCAGAGAUUUAUAUGAAUGUUCUUGUACUGAACUAGACCAGCUCGUAGAAACAGGACUUAAGAAUGGAGCACUUGGAGGCCGAUUGACUGGAGCUGGAUGGGGUGGUUGUGUUGUUUUCAUUUUAACAAAACAUAUUGAUCCCCAAAAAUUUAUUGAGAGUGUUAGAAAACAGUAUUAUGAACCAAGAAAAAUACGAAAUCCAGUGAUAUUUUCAACUACAGCAGGAGAAGGUGCUCAAGCAUUUAGAUUAUGA